AGGGCAGCAGAGAGUAUUCUGGUUGAGACCUUUUAUUUACAGUCUAUGGUUGAGGCCUACACAUACCAUGCCUUAUGGUAUGAACCAUAGGUAUGAACUCUACAGUGUUUCCUCACAGAAUAUUCUUCCAGUCGAAACUAUUCCAUUCAGGCUGCGGGCAGUUUGUUCUGCUGGCGCUUGUUUCCGGGGAAGUCGGAGACAUUUCAUAUUAACUCUGGAGGAAGCUGUCGCCUUGUUGGAGCUAUAUUUGGUCGUAAUGAUAAUUUCAUUUUCUUGGGCCAUUUAUUUUAUAUUCGUGUCGAAGCCGUUGUUUGGGAAAAACUAGCUAGCGUUAGCAAUGGCUCGAUGACACAGAUAGCUCUUCAGAAGAGGAGUUUGACUGAGUGAGACUAAGCGUUUCGCUCCUGUACAGGAGCAGAGAGGCCAGAUGGAUUUCUCUAAGUUCCUGGACGAUGACUUUGACGUGAAGGACUGGGUGAAUGGAGCCUUUAAGGUGGUGCAGAAGGACGCGCCGGGGAAGGCGGACACACACGCAGCGACUCUGGUGAUGAAGCUACAGCUGUUCAUCCAGGAAGUCAAUAAUGCCAUUGAGGAGACAAGUAAUCAGGCCCUCCAAAACAUGCCCAGAGUGCUGCGAGAUGUGGAGGCUCUAAAACAGGAGGCGUCCUUCCUCAAGGAUCAGAUGGUUCUGUCGAAAGAGGACAUCAAGAAGUUUGAGCAAGACACAGUGCAGUCUAUGCAGGUCCUGGUGGAGAUUGAUAAGGUGAAGGGCCGCAUGCAGGUGGCUGCUGAUGCUCUGCAGGAGGCGGACAAAUGGACAACACUGAGUGCAGACAUUGAGGAGACCUUCAAAACACAGGACCUUGCUGUCAUUUCCUCCAAGCUGACCAGCAUGCAGAACAGCCUGGCCAUGCUGGUGGACACACCUGACUACUCUGAAAAGUGUGUCCACCUAGAGGCUCUGAAAAACAGACUGGAGGCUCUGGCCAGCCCACAAAUAGUGGCCACCUUUAAUUCCAUGUCUAUAGACCAAGCCAAGCUGUUUGUUAAAGUCUUCACAGAGAUAGAUAGAAUGCCACAACUCCUCGCCUACUACUACAAAUGUCAUAAGGGUCAGUUGGUGAGCAUGUGGCAGGAUCUCUCUCAGAGCGAGCUCAGUUUAAACCAGCAGCUAUCUGAAUUCUACGAUACCCUGCUCUCAUCAUGGCAUGCCCAACUGCAAUGGAGCAGCCAGGUCUUUAAGAAUCCGCACGAGGUGGUGACAGUUCUGCUGAUCCAAACUCUCGGCGCCAUGGUCCCCUCCAUCCCUGUGUGCCUGAGUGCGGCCGUGGAGCGGGCAGCCCAGGAGCAGCGCCUGGACACCCUGCUCGAGCUUCAUAACACCGCAUCUACGUUUGGACACAGUCUAGAGGCUGCCAUGCUGCCACACCUAGGUGACAAUAAUCUGCUGAAGGUGACUGAGCUGGUUUGUGCGCUGUAUGACCCCUACAAGCCGUAUCAGCUACAGUAUGGAGACCUGGAGGAGGCUCACCUGCUUAUACAGAUCAGUGCUGUACCUCUGGAACACGGGGAGGUCAUUGACUGUGUGGAAGAGUUGAGUCACUCUGUUGGGAAGUUGUUUGGCCUGGCAGGCGCUGCUGUGGACCGCUGUGUUAAACUGACAGACGGACUGGCCGUGUGUGGUCUCCUCAAAGCCCUCAAAGCUCUCUUCACGAAAUAUGUGUCGGACUUCUCCACAACACUGCAGUCGAUCAGGAAAAAGUGUAAACUAGAGGAAACACCAAGUUCAUCUGUUUUCCAAGAGGACUGGACAGCCUUCCAGAACUGUGUCAGGAUUAUUGCCACUUGUGGAGAAUUGCUGAGGCAAUGUGGAGCUUUUGAGCAGCAGCUCUCAAACAAGAUUCUAGGCACGGCAGGAAAGUACUUGUCGGACUCGUACAGCCCACGUAGCCUCACAGGCAUCCAGGAGGCCAGCUCCACUGAGAGGAAGAGCGCCACCAAGAACCCCUGGCAGGAGUACAACUACCUUCAGAGGGGGAACAUGGCUGAGUACAACAGCUUGAUGGAGGUCCUUUACUCAUUAAAGGAGAAGGGCACAGGUAACUCAAACCUGUUAGCCGAGCCCAGAGCAGCUCUGACCAGACUCAACCAGCAGGCCAACCAGCUGGCCUUUGACUCUGUCUUCCUGCAGAUCAAGCACCAGCUCGUCCUCGUCUCCAAGAUGGAGAGACAAGAGGAACCUGGUCUUGGAGAGAACUACACAGAGGACCUGCCUACAUUCAGCCUGUCUCCGCAAGAAUACAUCACAAACAUAGGACAGUACCUGAUGUCUCUGCCCCUCCACUUGGAGCCAUUUGUGACUCAGGAGGACCCGGCUCUAGAGAUGGCCCUGCAUGCUGGAAAGCUGCCUUUUCCUCCUGAGCAAGGUGAUGACCUUCCGGAACUGGACAACACAGCAGACUACUGGCUGGGCUCCAUUGCUCGGGCAACCAUGCAGACGUACUGUGACGCCAUUCUGCUCAUUCCCCAACUUGGCCCUCAUUCCACCAAACAGCUGGCCACAGAUAUCGACUACCUGAGUAACGUAAUGGAUGCCCUGGGCCUGCAGCCAUCCCGCACCCUGCAGCACAUCGUCACCCUGCUCCGAGCUAAACCAGAAGACUACAGACAGACAGCCAAACUGCUGCCCCGCCGUCUGGCCUCCACCAUCGCUGCCCUUCGACUUAUCGACUACUAACUUCAACAGAGAAGAAGAAAGAUGGACUCUAGGCAUAGAGGCUCUCAGAGCAGCGUCCUGGACUCACAGGCAGGUCUGACCCGUUUCCUGGGUCGUCAAAGAGGAAUGCGGUAAAACAAGUGAAGGGUUUACAAGUUAUAGCUCCUUAAGGUUUAGUUUGGGGCUUCAGCAUUUUGGGAUUAUAGUCCUUUGAGGGAUUGAGAUAAAAAUCAGGGUUGGCAUAGACUUUUUUUUUAUACUGAUUAUUGUUGAACUAAGUGUUGCUUUAAAUGAUGUCUUACCUGUGAUAAUGCCUUCAAGUCAAGCCAAAAGGUCAAUGUUUCUCAACCAUAAAUCUUUCUCCAGGUUUUAGUUGUUAGAGCAUUUGAAGAAGUAACAGAAGGUGCAUCUGGGGUCUAUUGCGAGCAUUUCAAAUUUUAACAUCUAUAUAUUUGUUGUCAUUUGUCAUACUAACAUAACUCAUCUAUAACAUUAAUGUAUAUGAGGUUAUAUCUGAUUCAGCAGUCGACUUGAAAUGUAAAAGUGACGGUUAUCACUAUCCAUCUCCGAUGUUGAAGACAAAUAUGGAUAGACUCCAUUUCCAUAUUUUUCAAUGCAGUAUCUUGAGAAUCUGUACAUAAAAAUUGACAACACCAAAAAUGGA